AAAGCGGGGCUCCUAUUUGCCUAGGGGGUGGAGUAGCCGAGUGAGCGGCUCCUAUUGGCCGAUAUGCCGAAGCAGACAAAUAAUGGGCGUUAAUAGGCUGAGUCGCAUGAGAGGCCGAGUGAGGGACGCCCAUUGGUCCAAGCGCUGGAGAGACCUUGUUUGGCGCGCCCAUACGCCCGGAUUGCGGAUGGAUUGUAUGAGAGGCUGUCAUUGACCGAGAUACCUGUGGGGUUUGGUAUGGUGCUGCCAUUGGUCGAGCUAGCGACCGUGCGGAGUGAGGCGCUCUCAUUGGCCCAGCCGACUGCCGAGCCAUUGCUCCGCGUAUGGAAGACGCGUCGCGAGGCCCCCCCAGUACCCUGUGCGUAGAGGGUUCAGGACCAGUUAGCCUCAUUGGCUGAGACGCCAGUCGCGUUGGAUGCGGCGCUCCAAUUGGUUUAGGAACCGGCAGCGCGAGUUCAGGAGCUCCCAUUGGCCGAAGCGUCAACCAUGCAGGGUGAGGCGCUCCCAUUGGCUACCAAAGGGGGAAAAAAAGCGCCAAGUCCGCUCCAGUAGGUUUCCUACGAAAUGUGCGGGUGCACCCUUAAAUACAUCGACCACUCCAGCGCCUAAUGUGCGGUUCGAGUUGGCAACGGCCGAGGAGUUUCAAACAUUGGUCGUCCCACCCCCCAUUCUCCUCGAUAGAACUUGAGUUCAAUGGAGCAGGUCCGAUUCACGCCUCACAUUUUGUUUUCCUCUCUGAUGCGGCGGUUCAGAUAAAUACUUCAAACACAAGUAAAACUAACCUGCCCGUCUAUCGCUGGUCCGCCCUCAGUCGUUGCUGUCCGUUAGCACGCACGCCACCGGAAAACAAAGCCGACGAACCGACGUGGUGUGUCUGCAGGUGAUACAGGCGCUUCUCUUUCUACCUGUGGCGUUUCAGGGAUCAGACAGCAACCAUGGUAAAGCACUUCUUUGAUUUAUCUACUCUCAAGAGUUCCUGGGACCAAGUUGCCUCAGCAUUUUGGCAACGCUAUCCAAACCCUUAUAGCAAACAUGUGUUAACUGAAGAUGUGAUUUACCGUGAAGUGACCCCCGACAACAAGCUGCUCUCCAGACGCCUGCUUACAAAGACUAAUCGCCUGCCUCGAUGGGGAGAGAUGGUCUUCCCCACAAACCUAGCACGAUCAGUUUUUGUUGUCGAAGAUUCCAUAGUUGAUCUCCAAAACCGAACGUUCACUACAUUGACGUGGAAUAUCAAUCACACCCGUCUCAUGCUAGUGGAGGAAAAAUGUGUGUAUCGUCCAAACCCAGAAAAUCCAGCAUUUACACAAAUACAGCGAGAAGCAUGGGUCUCCUCAAGAGUAUUUGGUUUCUCGCGGGCAAUUCAGGAAUUCGGUCUCGCCAGAUUUAGAAGAAAUCAGAUAAAAGCAACAGAAGGCUUUGAAUAUAUACUAGCUAAUUUGCAAGUUGUCUUGUGCACACUGGUUGAACACCCAAGUGAAGUACCCCCCAAGACAUUGAAAGGGGCGACUGAGAAGGCAAAGGAAACGGCACUGGCUGCCACUGAAAAGGCGAAGGAUCUGGCCUCCAAAGCAGCUCCUCAGAAGGCAAAGCAGUUUGUCUGAAACCAGCCAAGGGAUCUUGAUCACAAAAGGCAUCCGUCUGGCUCGGUUCAGUGUUCCAGGGAUACCAAAAAGUUAACAUUUCUCAGAACGACCUUUUAUUGAAUGCACUGAAAGUUUACAACAUUAUCUUCUUGUUUGUUAAUAACUGUUAUCUGAAAGUCUUAUUUUAGUAGAUUAAAUGAUUGCAUUUACUGUACAAAUAGUUACCAAGGAUUUUAAAAAAAUAUCAAUAGCUUCAAGAUGGCCUUCCAGGACUUAAUUGGAUAUAGUUAAAUAUGUUUGUUUUUCAGAAAUGUUUAAAUUGUUUUUUUUUAUCAUUUGAAUAAGAGAGCACAGGCCACAUCAUUGGGUAGAAUUUUUAACCUAUGUUCAGUAAUUUGUCUGAUAAUUUAAAAUUUUAAUCCUUGUAGGAAACCUUAUUUUUGUUUUGACUGCGUUUAUCAUAACAUUAAAAUGGAUCAAUCCAGUCAUCUGCACUAAAACAAAUUCAGACCACAGGCUACAUUUCAGGUUGGAUUUGAAAAGACAUUUCUCAUCCCAGGUGAAAACUGAUUUGAAUCCACAAGUUGAAUGAAGAACAGUGUUGAAAGGACUGUGUGGUUGUAUUCUGAUCGUACAAUUCAUCCCUGUGAAAGAUCAGUUCACAUCUGAGCAAACGGUUGAUGGCUCUCUUUUUAAUUUUAAUUACACCCCCCACGUUUCUGUUUUCUCUUUGUUCCACUUCACACCUUGUAACAUCCAGCUUUUUGUUCUUGUAAAUGGUGUCCACAUAGCCUGUGCUUUCAUCUUGGACACUGCAGUCUCCACCUCAGGUCACCAAAUCUGUUUGGUUGACUCCACGGUAGCUGCGUGCUUAUUUUCUACGGCGAGUCUGAAAGGAACACUGCCCUGCUGCCAAGCUUCCUCGAGCUAGCAAAACUAACUGUGUUUGUACAAACUCUUGCUGAUGAGACCUCUAACUGUUAAUUUAUUGUUAUAGUCAAACUGGAUGGGCAAAGUUUACUAAAACUGUAUUUUAUUUUUGAGUUUCUAAAGAUUGCCGUGGAUCUUUUGGAACUGUCAGUACCUUUCUUAAUGUUUAAUAAAUAUCAAAGCGAA